AGAUGUCAACCGGCACUGCAAAUGCUGCUGUUUCCAGCAAAUCGACAAAUUCAACAACCUCAUCAUCUAAAGUUCCUGUCAACGAAAAAUCGAACAACAACUCUCAGAAUGCAAAUACCUCAACUGCCAGUAUUAUCAAAUCGUAUCGUGAAAUUGUAAACGACCCCAAAACCCUGGACGAAGCUGCCAACUAUUUGUAUCAGUCGCUGUUGGACGAUGCCGUUGUCGGUGUAUUUCUGGAAAUUCACCAUUUGCGCAAGACUGGCAAUCUGACAGCGAUGGACGGUGUGAACGAAGACGAUGCAGAAACCUCAUUUCGUAUUGUCGACAUGCCAAAUUUCGAUAUAUUUGGCAUAUCCACCGCCAAAAAACCAAUGGACUGCACCUGCCCCAACUGUGAUAGGCCUGUGUCGGCGGCUCGUUUUGCUCCACACUUGGAAAAGUGUAUGGGCAUGGGUCGUAUAUCCAGCCGCAUUGCUAGCCGUCGACUGGCCACCAAGGAGAGUAACAGUGCCAGCUCUUCGUCGUCGUCAUCAUAUCUGCAGACAACAAAUGCCGGAAGUGAUGAUGAAGACGAUGUGGAUUGGUCGUCGGAGAAACGUCGCAAGAAGUCUAGCCAAAAUUCUCGUAACAAUGGUUCCAAAAAGAAUAAUGGUAAAACAUUUUAA